AUGGCUCGCGAUCGGCGAGAAGGUCUGGAGAUCAAGGUUAUGAAUCCGCCGACAAAUAAUGCGACCGCUCAAACAUCUCCGACGAAUCUUCGGCGGAGAGAACGGACUUCUUUCGAGGAGUUUCGACCGUUCAAGCUUUGGUUUCCAUGGCUGGUUCCAGCAAUCGUGGUGGCUAACAUUGUUCUCUUCGCUAUUUCGAUGUUCAUCAACAAUUGCCCUAAAAACUCGGCUAAAUGCUCCGCUAGGUUUCUUGGGAGAUUCGCAUUUCAGCCUAUGAAAGAAAAUCCUCUUUUGGGUCCUUCUUCUUCCACAUUAGAGAAGAUGGGGGCUUUAGAUGUAUCAAGGGUGGUUCAUAAGCACCAAGUGUGGCGCUUGUUCACUUGUAUAUGGCUACAUGCCGGGGUUUUUCAUGUCCUUGCUAACAUGUUGAGCCUUAUCUUCAUUGGCAUUCGGCUCGAGCAAGAAUUUGGAUUUGUACGCAUAGGAUUGCUCUAUAUGAUUUCUGGAUUUGGUGGAAGCUUGUUAUCUUCUCUUUUUAACCGGGCUGGUAUAUCUGUCGGUGCCUCUGGAGCAUUAUUCGGUUUACUUGGUGCUAUGCUUUCAGAGCUCCUCACUAACUGGACUAUUUACGCAAAUAAGUUUGCAGCUCUUUUGACUCUCAUCUUCAUCAUAGCCAUUAAUUUAGCAGUAGGUAUUCUUCCACAUGUAGACAACUUUGCCCAUCUUGGAGGGUUCGCUUCCGGAUUUCUUCUAGGCUUUGUUUUCUUGAUCCGUCCUCAAUAUGGAUACUUCAACCAGAGGAACAAUCCUCGGGGUUAUGCUGCACCGUCUGCUAAAUCUAAACACAAGCCAUACCAAUACGUUCUUUGGAUCACCUCUUUAGUGUUUUUGAUAGCAGGGUAUACUGUUGGACUCGUAGUACUUCUCCGGGGAACGGAUUUGAACAAGCAUUGUUCAUGGUGCCAUUAUCUCAGCUGUAUUCCUACGUCUCUGUGGAGCUGUAAAUCUCAAAAUGUUUACUGCGAGUCGAGCCAGAUUGGGCAGCAGAUGAACUUGACAUGUAUGGCGAAUGGUAGAACAGAGAUGUAUAAGCUCUCUGGCGAUAACCCGUCUCAGAUUCAGCAGUUGUGUUCCCAAUUAUGCAGCUGA